AUGUCUGCGAAAUGGCGGGCGCUGCAGCACCGCCAUCGCUACACCUACAGCUCCGUCGUCUUCCCCGCCUCCUUCCUCCGUGCUCUCACUUCUCUCGAGUCUGCUGCGCCUCCCUCUUCUCGGCUGGUCUCCAGGUUCCUCUCUGAGCUGCGGAUCGUCGCCUCCCUCGACACCACCUACGCUCAGGUCGCCGCGGCCAAGGACCUCUCGAACUCCUUCGCGGAGCUCCUCGCCGGCGGCGAUGGCGGCGCCGCCGGGGAUCUCGUUCCGGCCGCCGCCGCGCUCUACCUGGAAAUGCUGUUCGUCGAGAACUCCCUCCCGCUCCACCGGACGCUCAUUUCCGCUCUGGCGAGGAGCAGGAAGGCUCUUCCCAUGGUGGAGAGCUGCCUGGUUUCCCUGUGCCGGGAGCACGGAAGGCUGGGGAGGGAGGGGAGGAAGCCCUUCCUGGUCUCCCGGGCCUUGUUGUCGCUGAUUAGCUACCCCAAAUUAGGGUUUCUCAAUGGUGUGCUGGGAAGGUGCGCGGCCAUGGCGGGACUGGACGUCUCUGUGGGCGUAGCUGGAGUGGCCGAGGAUAUCGGGCUUGGGUCUCGCCCUUCACCGGCGGUAAUGGAGCAGUGCCAGGAUGCCAUGUCGUGCCUGUACUACUUGCUCCAAAAGUUCCCAUCCAGGUUCGGAAGCUCGGAUCAAAGGGAAAAGCAGGAGAAAGAAGAAGAAGAUGAUGAUGAAGAAGAAGAAGGCUCAACUGGUUUCGCGUUGAUUCUGGAAGCGAUAGUGAGGGUCUUGAAGUCGUCUUCUUUCUCCAGGGAUUGCCUGGUGGCCGCCGGAGUGAGCUUCUGUGCAGCUCUCCAGACGCGGCUGAGCUCUGAUCAGCUCGCAAGUUUCAUCGCCUGGGGAUUUUUUAGGAUCGAUGGCGGCCGGUGGCAGAGCUUCGACACCAAGAUGCCGAUGGGAGGGGUGGAUCUGUUCAAGGAGAUUAGCGAAUUUCCGGUUCUGGGUAGGAUCUGCCUGCUCAGGGGGAUGCUCACUGCUGUUCCCCGGGCCGUUCUCAACACCCGAUUUGGCGGCUCCAAUGGUCUGAUCCUGUGGACGAUUCUGUAUGAUGGGAUCCUCCCCGAGCUCUGCAAUUACUGUGAAAACCCUGUGGACAGCCAUUUCAACUUCCAUGUGCUCACUGUGACCCAGAUCUGCUUGCAGCAGAUAAGAACAUCUCUCUCUGCCGAUCUCACUGACUUCUCCCAGGAUUAUGAUCCUCUUCCGGGCAGCAUCACGGCCCGUCUGCUGAGAAUUAUUUGGAACAACCUGGAGGACCCUCUGAACCAGACGGUGAAGCAGGUCCACCUCAUCUUCGACCUCCUCCUGGACAUCGAAUUGCUGGUUCCGGCUGGAGAAGGUGCGCAGGGAAGGAACCAGUUCCUGUAUAAGAUAGCCUCGGACCUCCUCCGCUUGGGGCCCCGCUGCAAGGGCAGGUACGCCCCCUUGGCUUCCCUCACCAGGCGGCUGAGUGCAAAGACCCUCCUCGACCUGAGCCCUCAGCUCGUCUUUGACUCCAUAAAUGCAUACAUGGAUGAUGAUGUGUGCUGCGCCAUCACAUCAUUCUUGAAGUGUUUCUUUGAGUGCUUGCGUGAUGAGUGCUGGAGCAGUCAUGGGGUUGACCAAGGCUAUGCCGAGUUCAGGGCACUGAGCCUGCCUCCUGUCAUGCAGGGGCUUCUUCAUGGAACCUCGAAGCUUCGUUCAAACCUGAAUACCUACGCCCUGCCCGUUGUUCUUGAGAUCGACGUGGACAGCAUAUUCCCCAUGCUUGCUUCCAUCUCCGUUGGGCCGAAUCAAGAAGAGAGCGAAACCCGGAAGAUGGAUGCGACCAGCGGGCAAUCAGAUGCCAUAUUGGAGAGUACCCAGUUCAUGAAUGCGGUCGGUGGGCACGCGGAUGAUGAGCUGGGAAGGAAGCAGUGCAUGGAUGUGGCCAGCGGGCAACGUGUGGCAGCUCUGGUUUCUCUGCUGAAGGUGUCCCGGCAGCUUGCUUUGGUCGGAGGUGACAUAGAUUGGGACGGUGGCUCUUCAGCUCAUGCAGCUCUCUGUGUGAAGGGUGUGCGUGUCAAGGUCCCCAUCGUGUGGUUUGUGCAUGCGCUCACACAUGUCGAUGAGAAUGUCCGCGUUGAUGCUGCCGAGUCUCUGUUCUUGAACCCCAAGACGGCCAGCCUUCCUUCGUUGUUAGAGUUGAAGCUGAUGAGGGAGGUGGUGCCGCUGAACAUGAGGUGCUGCUCGACAGGCUUCCAGAUGAGGUGGACCAGCCUGUUCAGAAAGUUCUUCCUCCGUGUUCGAACAGCUCUGGAGAGACAAGUCAAACAGGGUUCUUGGUUGCCCAACGAGGGCUCAGUCAGCAAUGGAGAUGCCUGUGCUGAUCAUGGCAGAUGUGAAGACAUCCAAAGGGCGAGGAAUCUGUUAAGUUUUAUGAAGUGGUUGAGCGCCUUUCUUUUCUCGUCAUGCUACUGUUCAGCUCCAUACGAGAGGAAAACCAUGGCCAUGGGGCUUCUUCUGACCAUGCUCGAUGCAUGGCCCGCAGUUCCUCCUCCGCAAGGAGGUGCAACUCUUUACCCUUACAGUGAGGGGUUUACUUCUCCCGAGUUGACCCUGUCACUAGUAGGAUCUAUAGUUGACAGUUGGGACAGACUUCGAGAGAGCUCGUUUCGGAUUCUUCUGCACUUCCCUAGCCCUCUUCCGGGGAUGGCGAGUUGUGAGUCGGUGAAGGGUGUGAUAAGGUGGGCGAAGAAGUUAGUCUGCAGCCCGCGCGUUCGGGAGAGUGAUGCUGGAGCGUUGACUUUGAGGCUCAUAUUUAGGAAAUAUGUGCUCGAACUUGGAUGGGUAGUAUGGGUUUCAGAUGACGUUAUUUGCCAUAGUUCACAGUCUGAGAUGACAAACGGCAGCUCAAAAAUAGGAAUGAUCAAGAACAGGGCCAGUUUGGUGCAGUAUAUCUCAUCACUGAUCGACUGGCUGCGGAUCGUUGUCGAGCUUGGCGAGAGGGAUCUUUCUGAAGCAUGCAGGAAUUGCUUUGUUCAUGGUGUGCUGCUGGCACUCCGUUACACGUUUGAGGAGUUUGACUGGAGUCUCAUUGUCAACUCAUCGAGUAGUUCUGACAUGAAGAGUGCUCUGGAAGAGCUUCUGGGUCUAGUUAUGAGGAUAACAUCAUUGGCCCUCUGGGUGGUCUCUGCGGAUGCGUGGUAUCUGCCUGAUGAAACGGAUGAUAUGGACAAUGAGGAAGCUUUUAUCUCGGAUAUGUCGGUUGAGAGGGAUCACGACCCAUCGCUGCACUCCGAGGGGAGUUUAAAGCUUGCGGAGAAUGCUCAAGCGGCCGAUCAGGCUGUAAUGGUUGGCUGUUGGCUUGCCAUGAAGGAGGUAAAGGGUCAAUUACUUUAAUAAGUAUCUUUAUAUUUAAUCCUUCUCUACAAAGUUGAUUGCUUCUCGCCAUGUUAUUUAUUACUUUAAUAAGCCUGGUUGAUACCGACAUAAAUGCUCAAGUGUUUCAUAUGAUUUCUGUGAUAGCCCAUGGAACCAGAGUCCCAAACAGACCAUCAGAAAUGUUUGUGAUAUCGUUUUAAUCGGACUAUUACUUGUGGAUUUUCUGUUUUUUUUCUGCAGGCUUUGAAAUAUGCAAGGAUGUGGGGUUUAUUUCUUUUGUGUGAUUAUGGGCUGUUGACUUUCUUUCUCCAACAGGUCAGUCUUCUCUUGGGGACUAUCAUCAGAAAGAUCCCAUUGCCCAGCUGCGACAACAUGCCAGAUUCUCGCAAGCCUCCUCAUCGCAUUGGCGAUCCUCGAGUGAUGGUUGCAGCUGAUACGAUGCUUGACGUGGAACAACUGGAGGCCAUUGGCAGCCAUUUCUUGCAGGUUCUUUUGAAAAUGAAGCAUAAUGGUGCGAUUGAUAAGACAAGAGCGGGAUUCACUGCUCUGUGCAAUCGCCUGCUGUGCUCGAAUGUUCCAAGGUAUGGUGCCAUUUCUUGUCUUGUUCUCGUUCAUAGUCGAGUGCUGCUUCUUCAUUUCUAGAAAAACCCAAUACUUUUUACCAUAUCAUGAUGCCUAACAUCGCAAUUUAUAUCGAUGGAAACGAUGGAGAUAGGGAAACUUUGAGGGCAUCAGAUAUGUGGUUUGAGCACCAUCUUCAUUGGUGCCUAAACCUAAAGCAAGCAUCGCAAUGAACAAUUCUAUUAUUUAUUCUCUCAUAUUGUAGUGAAUGAUUUGUUCUCGCCCUUUAACAUGCUUGAAAAACUGAAAAAUAUGAUAUUUUCUUUGUGAUGUUAACCCACAUCUUCUCUAUUUUUUAGACUCUGCAGAAUGACGGAGUUUUGGAUGGAUCAACUGAUGGAGAGGAUCAUUGCCAAAGGACAGUCAGUUGAUGAUUUGCUGAGGAGGAGUGCGGGAAUUCCUGCAGCUUUCAUGGCCCUUUUCCUUUCAGAACCUGAAGGAGCUCCCAAGAAACUCCUGCCGUGUGCAUUAGGGUGGCUCAUAGAUGUUGCUAAGAAGUCUCUGUGCAGUGAAGCUUGCAACCCCAAGAACAUGUUGCUGGGGGAUGAAUUCCCAGAAGGGUCGAACAAUGUUUCGUCACAAUCACUGUCUAUGGAGAGUGAUCUCAGUACGAACAUUCCAAAGACACGCGAUGAGGGUGUGAUCCCCACUGUCCACGCUUUCAAUGUCCUCAGGGCUGCUUUCAAUGACACCAAUCUGUCAGCAGAUACCUCAGGUUUCUGCGCUGAAGCCUUAAUUAUCGCCGUACGAUCCUUCUCUUCUCCCUACUGGGAGGUGCGGAACAGUGCUUGUCUUGCCUACACUGCCUUGGUUCGGCGCAUGAUCGGAUUCCUUAACGUGCAAAAGCGGGACUCAGCGAGGCGGGCCUUGACGGGUCUUGAAUUUUUUCAUAGGUAACUUCCUGUUUGGCCGGGUUUAUGCAUCUAGUGCUGCUGUUUUUUGCGCCUUUUCUCCUUUGGAUAUGAACUGCUUCCAAGAAUGAUUUUAGCCGAAACAUGCUGGGUUUUCUCAUAUGAUGCUGGUGGACUCUCUUCUAUGAUAUCUUGCCGAGUCCUUUAAGGUUGCAUAGGAAAGCAUCUAUUGGUUGACCUGAAACAGUGAUCAUAAGUGAGUGCAUGGGUACAAACUCCCGUUGUUCUUCGGUGUUAUUUCGUGUACCCUAUUAGGCUCUGCAUAAAUAAGUAAAUAAAUAAAUAAAUAAAUAAAUAAAUAAAUAAAGGAACCUUCUUUUUUGGAUGUUUUCAAAGGGUUAGUAGUGGUGUGUGGGUCGUGUGUUCUUAGCAAUCACUCUAUUUAUGCUCGCAUGGACAAAUUCUUUUGAUUCUUCCUUUAUCUGUCGUAUUACAGUCCGAAUCCACUCCAUGUGUUUUAGAUAUAUAUGCUCCACUAGCCGCUCCCAUUUCUCACAUUUUAUCUACAUCACUAUUUCGGUUCAUUGUGAUUCAAAUACGUUUACAUUUAGUUAUAUUACACUCUGCAAUUUUUCUUUAUUUCAUCAAAUGGUAAAUUUUUCAUUUAUUUUAUGGAUACUAAGCUUGAGAAUAUUCUUACUUAUUUCUUUGGUUGACUCUGUGGGGUCGAUGGGAGAGUGCUGUAAGUUGACUCGUGCCUUGAUGUCAAAGUUUUCAACUCGCAGGCUGUGAUUGCAUUUGAGAAACCAGUUCUUACCACUUUUGACAGAUAGAAGACAAACCAGAGCCAAUAUAUUUUUUUUCAUUUUCCUACUUCCCACAAUAAAAGCAAAGAUUUACAGGACAUGAGUGACUUUUCUCAUUCAUUUCUCAGAUUCUGGAGGAUCCCAUGAUUUUAUGUUGCUAAUAGUCGUCUAAACCUUUUCUUUUUUAUAUAAAAAAAAUACAAUUAAUCGCAAUUUUGUUCUUUUUUAUUUCCAUCAUACUUCAGCUGAUCGAGUAUCUUCCUUCCAGGUAUCCAGCCUUACAUUCAUUCCUGUUUGAUGAGCUGAAGAUUGCCACCAGAUUUCCUGGUAGCAGCUUCUCAGGGCGCCCAGAGUCUAAUGUUGCAAAUGCCAUUCACCCCAGUCUCUGCCCCAUUCUUAUUCUUCUGUCAAGGCUGAAGCCCUCUCUCGUUGGCAACGAGGCUGAUGAUCCGCUGGAUCCAUUCUUGUUCAUGCCCUUCAUCAGAAGAUGCGCCACCCAGAGUAAUCUCCGGGUCCGGGUCCUUGCCUCGCGAGCCUUGACCGGCCUGGUGUCGAAUGAGAAGCUGCCCACAGUCUUGAAGGGCGUUGCCCAGUGCCUGCCCUCUGGAGGCAGCGAGGUGGCCAGGAAGGAAGCUGGUCUUCGUGUUUCAGGCUCACUGAACGAGAGCGAGGAUGACAAGCCCGCCGCCGCCCCUCUCUGUGUUUCUUUCAACUCAAUUCAUGGGAUACUGAUGCAGUUGAACUCUCUUGUCGACGGCAACUGCAGGAACUUGAAGGACGAUUCCAAGAAAGAUCUGAUUAUCAGUGACCUGACCUGUGAUCUCUGGAAGUGUUCCUGGAUGGGUAGCUUCAGAUCAUGUCCCUGUCCCACGCUCAUCAGUUCUUAUCUGAGGGUUCUGGGCCAUAUGUUUGAUAUAGCAAUUGUCUCCAAGGGCAGCAGUGCCCUUAUUAGGAUCAAAACCCUACUGUUGGAGUUGUCAUCGGAGUGCCUGGACGGAGAAAAAUCUGGCGGGCUGGCAUUCUUCGAUCCAACCGUCGUGGAAGUCCGGAAGCAAGCAGCGGCUUCGUUCUUCGGGUGUUUCUUCGCGGGGAAUCUGGAAGCUCCCGAAGAACAUCUCUCGUCUCCAAAGCCUGCCGUUCCCGGUUCUGAUCUGCGUGAGAGGCCCAAGAUCAAUGGCGCCGCAUUCAGAUCGAGGGAAGAUCUUCAAGGGAGGUCUCCGUUGGGAUUGCAAGAAAAGAUGAGAUUCUGCAUCUCUGAUCCCUGCUGUGAAGUCCGGCUUGUGACCCUCAAAUUGCUCCUCAAGUUCGUCAAGUCUGCUGGCGCAUGCACUCGUCUAAGCACCACCACCCACGGCUGGCUGAGGGCAGGGCUGCAGCCCAUGCUGAUGGAGCUCUUGGCCACUGAGGAGAAUCCAAGGUGCAUUUACUAUAUCCUGAGUAACAUCUUCUCAUGGAACCUGCUCCAUUUUGUGGGUGGUUCCAACCCCACCAAUCAUGGAGAUUUGAUGCAUAUCGGUGCAAUGGGACGUGACUCGGUGCUCUCGUUCUGGGAGAGACUGGGCGCCCUAAUAGCCUCCACCAGUUCCAGUAAAGCCAGGGUGAUCCUCAUCUGCUGCAUGGGUCUGUGCAUCAGGAGAUUCAGGCUCCUUACAGAUUCUGACUCGGAGAAGAGCUCUUCUGGCUUUGCCAGGCCCGGGAUUUGGGGAAGAUGGGAUUCUAUUUCUGGGUGCAUCGAUAAGUUCCUUCUCCUGGUUAAGAAGCACAGCUCGCCGGCUGAGCCCGUGAACCUGAGGAAGGCCGCCGCAGAUGGCAUUGUCGCAUCUGGGUUACUCGAAGAAGCCAUCUUGGUUGGUGCCUACACGAAGAGGAACCAGACUCCCGCCGAAGACCUACCCAUCUGCGAGAUCGACUGGGAGAGUGGCUCUCUCUCUCUCCUCAGGCCAUCUGAUAGGUUCCAUCUCUAUGGCACAAGGGUGCUCGAAGCCUGGUUCACAUGCAUCCAGCUGUUGGAGGACGAAGAUAUGUGUCUCAGACAGAAACUCGCUGAAGACGUCCAGGGCUGCAUCGGUUCCUACACAUCCAGGCAAAGCCCUCUCUUGCAGGUGGAGAGGGUGAUCGAACUGAGCUUCGACCUCCUAUCUUCCAUUUUCGGCAACUGGGUUCUGUACCUGGAUCACCUUCUGACAUGGGUCUUCAGCAGCGGGGAUUAUGAGGCAGCCCAGAGCGGUAAUCUUGUCCGACAGGUGUUCGACAAGGAGAUCGACAACCACCACGAGGAGAAGCUCCUGAUAUGCCAAAUCUGCUGCUCUCACUGCGAGAAGCUCCUCAAGAGCCCUUCUUGGGCUGCUGCUGCUGCUGCUGCGGGCUCAGAGUCUCCACUGGGGCGCAAAUUAUCAGAGUUCUUGGGCGCAUGGAGGUCCAGAUUUAUUCACAGAUUGGUCUCCUUCUCCGACGAGUACUUGGAAGGCCAGCAGGGAAGGGGAGGCUGGGUGGGGGGCGUAGGGAACCACAAGGAUACCUUCUUGAGGGUCUAUGGGGGCCUUCUUGGCCUCUAUGCUCUCUUGCAGUCUCCAAUGGCGGCUGGCUCUCAGUUUCCAGAAAUAGUAAGUGAGGAGUCAAACAAGCUCGGCAAGGCCAUCAGCCCGUUCCUCACGAACCCGUUGACUUCCAGGCUCUAUUCCCUGGUGGAAAUGUCUCUUGAGGGGAGGACCCUGGGAGGAGGACCCAGAGAAGCCCCCGCGGGGGAAGAUUUCCACCCAUAUUUCCUUCUCAGGUGA